AUGGAAGACGAUGAAGAUGAUUUCUUCGCUUAUCAAGCUGCAAAAUCGUUAAAUAAUAAACGAGCACAAUUAAAACAAUUUCUCCAAACUCCAGUAAAUCUCAAACAAAUCUCUAGUUCAACUGAUUCCGAAUCUGACGACGAAACCGAUCUAAUUCCUUCGAAGAAAACCAAAGCAACAACGAAACCAAUAGUUAAAUCUUCCAUUCAAUCUGUAGUCGUUCAAUCUGCCGAACCGGAAAAAACCAAAGAUUCCAUUCGAAAUGAAAUCGAUGCCAUUGUCACAUCGUGUUUUACAACGAACAAAGAAAAGAAAAGAAAAAUCAAAUUAGGCAAACGAACGGCUGCAGACGAUCAAGAAUAUGAAAACGAAGAUGAAUAUCUCGCUCACACUUCUCAUCGUGGUCGCCAUAGUCAGAUGAGCAGAUCAGCAAGAAAUGCGAUGAAUAUUAGCCAAUUAGAAGAAGAUGAUGAAAAACCUUUAGUGGAAAAACAAAUGACAUCAACAGACGAUGAUAAUAAUGAAGAUGGUGAUGAACCGAGUGAAAGAGAUGAUUCACAUGGAUUGGAGAUGAUCAUGCCGGUGAAAAGUCUUUCAUUUAAUAAAGUUACCCUUAACAUCGAUCAUUGCGAUGGACGACAAUUGACAUUAACUUUACCAUUAUCAACAACAUUGAAAUCACUCUGUCAACAAGUUGCUGAACAUUUGCAUUUAUCCUCAAUUUAUUUGGUUUAUAAUGAUCGAACAUUGAAGUUAGAUGAAAAAAAUCAUUCAAUGACUCUGAAACAAUUGGAUUUCUCAACAGAUGCUGAUCAGUUUCUUGAAUCAUAUCCAUUAAUUCGAAAAUUGAAAAUUUCGAUUCAAACAUCUUCGAAUCGUCGUUCGUCUUUACCAUCGAAACGGGAAUAUACAAUGAUGGAUACAGAUCGUUUUGAAGUCAUCUUCAAUGCUUAUAAAUCUGAUACGAAAGCAACAAAUGUUCGAUUUGAAUUUGAUGGUGAUACACUUGAUCCUCGCGCCACACCGAAUGAUUAUGAAAUGGUUGAUGAAGAAAUUCUCGAUGCGUUUAUCCUUCCACAAACGUCAACAACAGAUAAAUCUUAG